AUGGGCGACACCUAUGAGGGAAAGGUGUUCGGACACAAGUCGAAAAUGCCCAACCUUGGAUAUGUUGCAAAGGAGGCUGAGGGUGGUAGGCCUUCUCGGCUUUUGAAGAAUAUCCACACGAUUCGAACACAUUUUUCUACGGUAUCCGUGCUAUCGGGCACUUUUUGUUUUGUUUAUUUUAAUUUGCCACUAAGGACAAUCGACCGGAAACAGGGCCGUGAGAGUGCGGGCUUCUAUUUAUCGAAGACACGUGAAAUUGCGUCUCUUGGGAGGGAGGAGAAAAUACGAAUCGAAGAUAUCCACCAGUACGAAGAGGACAUCUCGAGCUACUGCAGUUUGAGCGGCGAGGGAUCCGAAUCGCCGGUGAGCGCGAGAGUCCACCACAACGGAAGUUCCGCGGCCGGGGCGGGGAUGGAGCAGGAGAAGAGGAUCCGGAGGGAAAUCGCCAACUCCAACGAGAGGCGGAGGAUGCAGAGCAUCAACGCCGGCUUCCAAUCCCUGAGGACGCUCCUGCCGCAUCACGAAGGAGAGAAGUUAAGUAAGGCUGCAAUCUUAAACUGCGGAGUACAUAUACCAACUAGAACAAGAAAAGACAAGACUUCUGUCGCAGUACUGCCACCUCAAGAAACUACUUAACUAAUACGAAGGCGAAG